CCUCCAUCCUCCAUCUGCCUUCAUCCCUCCGCUCCUCUCUCCUUCUCCUCAGCCUUCCUCUCCCUCCCUUCCUCCUCCUCCCUCUCCUCCUCUUCCUCCCCGUCUCCCCGCCUCCCCUCUCUCCCUCCUCUUCCUCCCUCAGCAGUGACGUCUCUGGACGUGCCCGGUACCGGCCCGGCUCACGGCACCGUUCGGGGCUCCGGGCCCGGUGUCACCGUCCCGGAGGGGCUGCGGGCACCGCCUGGGGCCGCCCAUGCGGUCGGGGGGCGAUGCGGACGGCACGGAGCCGGCGGUAGUGCCCGCACCGGGGCCCCCCCCGGGCAUGGGCUGCAUCGGCUCCAAAACCACCAUCGUGGCUGUGGACACGACCCUGUGCGUGGAGUGGAAGGAGGUGAAAGCACUGUCCCCGCUGCGAGCCGCCCGACCGGCCCCGUUGCCCCGCCUGUUGCGCCAGGCCUCCUUCGACAGCCAGGACUUCCUCGAGGUCAAUGUUGAAGACACUGUCGAGAUGCUGCCCAAGUCGCGGCGUGCGCUGACCAUCCAGGAAAUCGCCGCCCUGGCCCGCUCCUCACUGCAUGGCAUCUCGCAGGUGGUGAAGGAACAUGUGACGAAGCCAACGGCCAUGGCGCAGGGCCGCGUCGCACACCUCAUCGAGUGGAAGGGCUGGUGCAAACCCGUGGAGCCACCCGCUGCGCUAGAGAGCGCCUUCAACUCCUACUGCCACCUGAGCGAGGGCGAGCAGGAGGCACGCUUCGCUGCAGGCGUGGCAGAGCAGUUUGCCAUCGCUGAGGCCAAGCUGCGUGCCUGGUCCUCAGUGGAUGGGGAUGACUCCAACGACGAGUCCUACGAUGAGGACUUCAUGCCAUCCUCAGAGAGCUCCCUGCCAGCCGAGCAUCAUCCCGGUGCGGCGCUGCUGCGGGACCUGCUGCGGGGCCACUUGUGCCAGCUGGGAGCACGGCACGGCUCCUGUGAGCCUGAGAGUGACUCGUCGCGCACACUGUCCCCCGAAACCCUCUGCUCCAGCCUCUGCAGCCUGGAGAUGGUGUCCCCCUCCGAACUCACUGCCAAACUGCUGGGCUCCCUGGGGGGUGAGCUGCCCCCCCCGAGCAGCCAAAGUGCCUUGCGGGGUCUGGUAUGGCCCCGCUGCCAGGACUCGCUGUCCCCCAUGCCCUAUGCUGAGGCCUGCCUCUCGCCUGCCGAGGACGAGGUGGUGCUGAGCAAGGACUUCACGCUCCGCCGCAAAAUCUCUGAUGUUGCCUCCUCUGGGGUGGUGUCACUGGAGGAGGAAGACGAGGAAGAGGAUGAGGAGGAGGAGGAGGCUGAAGAGCCGUGAUGCCCUGCAGGGACUCUGCCUCGCCCCAGCACCGUGCCCCCCAGGACUGACGGGACCUGAAGCUGUGGGGCUGGCUGUCCGCAUGCAUCCCCUCGCCACCCCUUCGUGGGCACUGAGCCCCCCCACCCUGUUGGCACAGCUGAACCUUUCUGGGCUAAGCCCACAGUGCCCCCACUCUGGACCAGGGCUGGGGGUGGGAGUUGGGGCACAGAGGCUCUUCUUGCUCUCUGAUGAAUUUUAUACUGUGAACUGCUGCCUUUGGACACGGGGUUCAGGAGGGGGCCAGGGGGGUGCCGAUGUGCCACGGUGAUGGAGGUUUCUAUGCUUUUGUAUGCAUGUGGAGGCUGACAUGGGGAGGCUGCAGGUGGGAGUGGGAUGGGCAUGACACCCCCCCCAUGGGAGUAUCCCCAACCAGCCCUAUGGUGGGGGCCCCCAGGUCUGCUGUGGGCCAACCCGGGAGGUGUGACAGGACCCAUGACUGAUGUCCCUGUCCCCAAGUUGCUCACCCCUAGCAGGGAACCAAGUGCCUACACGGAGGUGGUCGCCCCCCCUCGUUGUAUCUGGAGGGCUGACACUCCAGUACAGGACCCCCAGCUGUCCGGGCACACCGUUUGGGGGAAGGAAUGCCAAUUUUCAUUGACGCUUGCCCUCCCUUCCUGCAUGGCACUUGUUCUUGUGGGGCCACUUGCCCACUGCAUGCCACCCCUUGCCACCCCCCCCAUCCUUGCACCUCCCAGUGCCCUUUGCUCCCAUGCUGCCACACACCCCCAACUCUGCCCUGUGCCACCUGUCGUAGGACCCCCACCUCUGCAUGACCAAGCUGCCGGGGGAGGCUGAUGCCACGGUGAGGGGCUCCCUGCCCCCUGACCCCUGUGCCACCACCACGUAUAGGGACAUCAGCAACCCAGAGCAGGACCCAGGGAUCCUGGCCCCAAAACCUACAGUGGGAUGGGGAGAAAGGGGUAUUUGUGUGCAUACGCCUCUGAGGGGUAUGUGCACAUGGGUACAUCUCCAUGGGGUGCCGGGAUCUACCCCAUGCCAGGGUGCCCCUGCCCCUGCCUCCAUCCCACCUGCCCUCCAA